GCGGAAUCCUGAAGGAAGGUCUUUUGAUAUGAACUGGAUUCAUUCAAUUUGAAACAUAUUCUCCCGCUUCUUUUAAACAGACCACUGAUAAACGCCGGCAGACCACUCAAAUCACUAAUCAUACCAGCCACUUCUCCUGGGGCUCAAUUAACUGAUUGAUGCUUUGAACUCCCAAAAAACUUCGGUGUUCCAUUUCUAGGGUUUCUGGGGUUCAUCUCCAGCCACUUUCAUCCUAGCUUGCUGGCUAGCUCAUAAUCACAAUGCAUAUCAAAGAGAUAUGUUUGGAAGGUUUCAAAUCUUACGCUACAAGGACGGUGGUUUCCGGGUUCGAUCCGUAUUUUAAUGCUAUUACGGGGUUGAACGGGUCUGGCAAGUCGAACAUCCUGGAUUCCAUUUGCUUCGUUCUUGGAAUUACAAAUUUGCAGCAAGUUAGAGCUUCGAAUCUCCAGGAGCUGGUCUAUAAACAAGGCCAAGCCGGAAUUACUAAGGCUACGGUUUCUGUCAUUUUUGACAACUCGGAUCGUAGUAGGAGCCCUUUGGGGUAUGAGGAUUCCCCAGAAAUCACCGUUACUCGUCAGAUUGUAGUUGGUGGGAGGAAUAAGUAUCUAAUCAAUGGUCACCUAGCUCAGCCAAGUCGUGUGCAGAACCUUUUUCACUCUGUACAGCUUAAUGUGAACAAUCCCCAUUUUCUUAUAAUGCAAGGCCGCAUUACCAAAGUCCUGAACAUGAAACCUCCUGAAGUUUUGUCUAUGCUCGAAGAGGCUGCUGGGACAAGAAUGUAUGAGACUAAGAAAGACGCUGCACUUAAAACACUUGAAAAGAAGCAAAGCAAGGUUGAUGAGAUUGAUAAGCUCCUUGACCAGGAGAUUCUUCCUGCUUUGGAUAAGCUUAGAAAAGAAAGGAAGCAGUAUGUGCAGUGGGCAGAUGGAAAUGCAAAACUGGAUAGGCUAAUGCGGUUCUGUGUUGCCUAUGACUAUGUUCAAGCUGAGCAGGUCAGAGAUAAUGCAAUCAAGGGUUUGGAAGAGAUUAAAGCUAAGAUUUAUUCAAUCGAUGGUAAUGCAGAUAAGAUGCGUGGGGAGAUAAAGCUAUUGGAAAAAAAAGCAUCAGAACUUCAGGCUGAAAAAGAGGCAAACAUAGGCGGGGAAGUGAAUAGUUUGUCUAAGAGAGUUGAUGCUCUUUCACAUGAUCUGGUGAAGGAAACAUCUGUGCUGAAGAAUCAAGAGGACACUCUUGGGACUGAGAAAGCUAAUUUUAAAAAGAUGGAGGCAAACCUUGAAGAAUUAAAGCAAUUAGCAGAAGAGAAGGCAGCUGCUGUACAAGAAGCUGAGGCUGGAGCAUCAGAUCUCAAGAAAACUGUUCAGGAUCUUUCCAAAAAUCUUGAAGAGUUUGAGAAGGAGUAUGAGGGUGUGCUAGCUGGAAAGGGUAGUGGCAAUGAGGAGAAAUGUCUUGAGGAUCAACUCAGGGAUGCCAAAGUUUCAGUUGGAACAUCUGAAACAGAGUUGAAACAGUUGAAAACUAAAAUAAAUCAUUGUGAAAAGGAACUGAAGGAGAAGAGAACUCAGUUGGUCUCGAAACGUGAUGAAGCUGUUGCUGUUGAGAAUGAGCUAAGGACUCGGAGGAAAGAAGUUGAAAACACAAAAAUUGCUUUGGAAUCUCUGGGGUACAAUGAGCAGCAGAUGGAGUCUUUGCAAAAGGAUAGAGUAGUUGAAGUAGAGACGAUUCAGAGGUUGAAGGAUGAAAUCCGUGUUCUUUCUCCUCAACUGGGUAAUGUUGAAUUCACAUACCGUGAUCCCGUGAAGAAUUUCGAUAGAUCAAAUGUUAAAGGUGUGGUUGCUACACUCAUCAAAGUGAAGGAUACUUCUACAAUGACUGCCUUAGAGGUUUCUGCUGGCGGUAAAUUGUUUAAUAUUGUUGUGAACACUGAACACACUGGAAAACAACUUCUUCAAAACGGUGGUCUCAGGAGAAGAGUAACUAUUAUUCCUUUGAACAAAAUUGAAAGUCAUCCUAUCCCUCCAAGAGUUAAAAGUGCUGCAACUAGGCUGGUAGGCAUGGGCAAUGCUGAAGUGGCUCUUGAUCUUAUUGAAUAUGAUACAGAAGUCAAGAGUGCAAUGGAAUAUGUAUUUGGAUCAACUUUUGUUUGCAAAACAGCUAAUGCUGCAAAAGAGGUUGCUUUUAACCGGGAAGUUGGAACGCCAAGCGUGACACUAGAAGGAGAUAUUUUUCAGCCCAGUGGGCUUCUUACUGGUGGUAGCCGAAAGGGUGGUGGAGAGUUGUUGAGGAUGCUUCAUGCUAUGGGUGAGGCUGAAUCAAAUCUCGCAUUUCAUCAAAAACGUCUCUCAGAAAUUGACGCUCAGAUCAAUGUGCUUCGACCUCUUCAGCAAAAGUUCAAAGAACUUAAGGCACAAUUUGAAUUGAAGUCAUACGAUCUUUCGUUAUUUCAGAAUAGAGCUGAGCAGAAUGAACAUCAUAAGUUAGGAGAAAUAGUGAAGAAGAUUGAGCAUGAACUAGAGGAAGCAAAGCUAGCUGUGAAAGAGAAGGAGCUCCAGUAUUCAAGCUGCAUCGAUAAAGUGUCAUGGCUUCAGAAGUCAAUUCGUGACCAUGCUGGUAGUAGAGAGGACAAGCUUAAAGAUUUAGAAAAGAAGAUUAAGACAAUAAAGAGUCAGACUCAAUCACUAUUAAAGAACCUAAAGGGGCAUGAGAAUGAAAGGGAAAGGCUCAUAAUGGAGGUUGAAGCUGUGAAACAGGAAUAUGCUGCAUUAGAGAGUCAGUUAGUCGCUCUGAAGAAGCAGAUCUCUGACCUUACAGUGGGAGUCGAUUCUCAGAAGAAAAAGGUUGUGUCUGUAAAAGAUGACCACGACUUGGCCCUAAAAGAACUCAAUGCAGCACGCUUGAAGAUAAAGGAAUGUGACUCUCAAAUUUCAAGCAUCCUCAAGGAACAGCAGGGACUUCAACAUAAACUUAGUGAGAUUGCUCUUGAGAAGAAGAAAUUGGAAAAUGAGGUAAAACACAUGGAGAUGGAUCAAAAAGAUUGCUCCCUUAAAGUUGAGAAAUUGCUUGAAAAGAAUGCAUGGAUUACAUCUGAGAAACAACUUUUUGGGAAAAGCGGAACUGAUUACGAUUUUUCAUCAUGUAAUCCCCGAAAAACCAAAGAUGAUUUUGAAAAGCUACAAGCUGAACAAUCAGGCCUUGAGAAAAGAGUGAAUAAGAAGGUCAUGGCGAUGUUUGAAAAGGCUGAAGAGGAAUACAAUGAUUUAAUAGCUAAAAAAAACAUCAUAGAGAAGGACAAAGCAAAGAUCAAGAAGGUGAUUGAAGAACUUGAUGAGAAAAAGAAAGAAACACUUAAAAUUACUUGGGAAAAAGUUAACAGUGACUUUGGUUCAAUAUUUUCCACACUCUUGCCUGGAACAAAUGCAAAGCUGAAUCCUCCUGAAGGUGGAAGCUUCUUAGAUGGUCUCGAGGUUCGUGUAGCGUUUGGAAGUGUUUGGAAACAAUCAUUAUCAGAGCUUAGUGGUGGGCAGAGAUCUCUACUUGCCCUAUCUCUCAUACUCGCUUUGCUUCUUUUCAAACCUGCUCCACUCUACAUACUUGAUGAGGUUGACGCUGCUCUUGAUCUUAGUCAUACCCAGAACAUUGGCAGGAUGAUCAAGAGUCACUUUCCACAUUCCCAGUUCAUUGUGGUGUCAUUGAAAGAAGGGAUGUUUAACAAUGCCAACGUGCUUUUCCGGACAAAAUUCGUUGAUGGUGUCUCCACCGUCCAGAGGACUACCGCAGCGAAGGCCAAGUAGUGAAGAUGAUCUCACACACUACGAUAACUAUGAAAGCGUUAAUGAAACUUUAGUGUAUAAAGCUAGUUUUCACAUAUGUGGAUUAGUGCAUUUAAGGUAGAAAUAUGUAGUACGUAGUAUUAAUUUAGUGAAUGUGUAAUUUAGUACGGAGUACGGGCACAUUCUUUUUUUAUAUGAAUAGCUAUUCUGAAUCAAAUGAGUUUUUUGUUGCAUAAAAUCUAUUAGAAAAUAAUGGUUAGAUGAAAA